AAGUAUUAUGAAUUUCCUUUCAUGAAUCAAAAAAAAAAAGGAAGGAUACACAGAGGUGUUUAAAUUAACGCUUGAUAAAGGGCAAAAGAAAAAAACCAAUUUCUCCAAAGUUUCGUUGCAUAAAAGGUUAAUUACUUGGGCGAUUAAGCUCGCCGGACAAUAAGGAGGCCGGAUUAAACAAGCAGAUUGAUCGAUUUACCCUUUCUCGCUUCAUCCACGGGGCGUUUAAACUGAAAUGACAAUAAAAUAAUAUUCGAAGCGACUAUGGAUUUACCGCUCGAUUCAAAAAUGUUUCACGUUCAUCGAUCAAGGGAUAACAAGAGUGCGAAAGAGGCGAAAGACAUGGCGGGCAUGACGGAUUGCACGAUGAACGAUGACAAGAUCUACAGCGCCUCUUUCAUCCUGGAAAAGAAGGAGAGCCCGGUGAACCCGUACAACAGGGUCGAUUGGACAAAGAUGUGCACGAAAUGGACAUCCUCGGAAAACGAGAUCUGCGUCGUCAACAGCCUUCCACAACUUGACUGCAACGCGUUCCCGAAAUCGUACAUGGACACGUGCUCGUGCUGCCCCCGUGACAUAUUCGAAAGCAACUUGGACGUCAUGAACGAGAGCUACAGAAGCGCCGUGGUUGGCAAGGACGAGGACUGCUGUAAAGUUAAGUGGGAGAAGAAGGAACGUUAUCGAAAAAUUAAAACGAAAGUCGUUAGAGCCAUCAAGAGACACAAAAUAUUUUUGAUACGAGGCGAAUUACCGAAAUUGAAAGAAGCUCUGGAGAAGAGAGGUUGGGUGCAAAAAUACGAGGCAACAAAAACGAGAAAUUUACCUUACGGCAGCGUGGCGAGCUUGGAGGCUAAAUCUUUGGGCGACUUGACCCAAUCGGACGGCACGUUGAACGAGAGGGCGAUAAUAUUCGCUCUGCUGCGUCACAGGUCGCCAGACUUCAUAUGGGACUGUCGGAACGAUUUCGUCGACUGGCAUCGCAGUCUCAGCAGCAACACGGUCCUCAACAGAUAUCAGAAGCCUUCCGUCUACACAUCCAAGCUAGGAAUGGCUCGUUUGUUGGAGGACGCCCACUGGUUGUACGAGAAGGACGUGUCCUCGGUUUUGUUCCCGAGAAGUUACAACCUGAGCAGGGAGCCGAAAAUCUUCCUCGAGGAUUUCCGGCUGACAGCGGCGGCGGGCCUGUUGAAAUGGUUCGUCGAGAAGAUGCAAGGUUGCUGCAGCGAACAGAGUUGUUGCAACUUGUGCGGCCACCGGCCGAUCCUCAUGAACCGUCUCGAAUUCGCUAUGAAGCGUUGCGAGGAGUUCGUCGCGUGCGAGAAUCAUCAGAACAUCGACGAGGACAUCGUCACCGAGUUCACCGAGGAGGAGUGGAAUUCGUUCCUGGACGAUUAUAUGGCGGCCGUGCACGAGGGCGCUGGGAUCGAGGCCAACGAGAAGUAUCAAGAUCAGAUACCGAAAUACGUCGAGAUGGCCAGUUCGAUAUUGGCCAAGAUGAAAGAGGUCGACCCGCAGUACGAGUUGAACGGGAUGAGGAACAUGUGGAUUCUGAAACCGAGCGAGCUUUGCUGCGGGAACGGGAUCAGCAUAUCUCACAACUUGAAGGAUAUAUUUCGAAAGAUAAAAAGUCGGCCCAAGGAUUAUUUCAUCGUUCAGAAAUAUAUAGAGCAUCCUCUACUGGUUCACGACACGAAAUUUGAUAUAAGGCAGUGGUUCCUGGUCACAAACACGUUCCCUCUCACCAUAUGGAUAUUCAAGGAGGGGCUACUUCGAUUCAGCUCGAAACCCUACACUUUCUCGACCUAUCACGAGGCGAUUCAUAUCUGCAAUACCGCAAUUCAGGAGAAGUACGACGAGGAAAGGAGAAGGCGAAGGAAACGUGGAAAUCCGGAGGAAGUCGUAAAAACGAUUCGUGAUCAAGGAUGGGACUGCGAGAAGCUGAACGAAUAUUUAAAGCAAAACUUGGGGCUUAGCGGGGAACCGUAUUACGACAGUAUAUAUCCAAAAAUGUCGGAGGCAAUAAUUCUUACGAUGCUGGCCUCCCAAGAGCAUAUGGAUAGGCGGAGGUGCAGCUUCGAGCUGUACGGAGCUGAUUUUAUGGUGAUGGAGGAUCUCUCGGUCUGGUUAAUCGAGAUCAACACGAAUCCCCGGAUGCAUCCGCCCAGCUCGAGAAAUACGAAACGCCUCUAUUCCAAUGUUCUCGAAAGCUUGGUGAAAGUGGUGAUGGACGUACCGUUGAAUCCAGAAGCGGACACGGGCGGUUUCAGCCUGAUCUACAAACAAAAUAUACCCGAUUUCCGACCCUAUCUCGGCCCCUGCCUCUUCGUGUUCGGCAAAGCGAUAACGCUGGUCGAGCAUCCGCGGAAACGAGAUAAGAAAAAGAAGAACGGUUGGUCAAAGUCGCAACAGCAGCAGCAGCAGCAGCAGCAGCAGCAACAGCAAACGCAACAGCAACGCGCGUGGACCGCCCCGCCGAUGAUCCCACGCCUAAGGGAGCCGAAAAUAGUCGACUUUAUCGACUAUUUGAACACGGCUCGGUGUACAGCGGCCAACUGAAUAUUCCCCCAUUCGUUACCGCCGAUGCGAUUCGUCCGAUCGUUUACCGGAUCCGGCCACCUGAAAUCGCCUUUUUCCAACUUUAAGUGAAUAAAGGGGACGGUGAACUCUGCAACCUCGAUACGGGGAAAACGUGGAACAGUCGUUUUAAAGCCGGGACGACCCAGUUUUUCGCGGGUCGAAGGUCGAACAUCGAAAACGGUUCUGGUAGGCGCACGCGUUCAACCUUUGUGCCGCCGACCAGUUGAAGGAGGAGGAGGAGGAGGAGAUGGAAUUCACUCCUCCCGGAAGAAUCGCGUUAUAUUCUCGACUCGGUGGCAUAUUUCGUCGUCGUUAAAAGACACGAAAUUCGAACAAGAAAUUUUUCUUCCGGUAUCCGGUCGCUCGAAAGAGGAGGGGAGGGAGUACAUCUCGUACAAGGAUUUUCUUCCGACUUCUACUUCCGUUUAACCGCAUUUACCGCGUGUAUGCGAGUUGCACCGUGCUCAUUAAUCGACGCACGAGAGAGAACACGACGAGAGAUAAAAAAAAAGUAGUCGACGGUGUCGUUAGCAGUAUCGUCGCCGUGUCAUCGUUUCUUCGACUGAAAACGUGAUCGUGGAAAGCUGAAAAAGUUAAAGUCCACUUUUUUUUCCUUUUUUUUUUUUUUUUU